CCUUUCAUGGGCAUUCGUUUCCUGACGCAAUGACCGGUUUUCUCACUCCUUCCAAACCCAUCGGUGGUUCUGUCUCUUUGAACCGGCCAAACCCAACCAUUACCACCGUCACAACUAGUUUUCUCAAUCCCCCUAAACCCAUCAGCGGUUUUCUUCUCCUCAUCUUCUUCCUCCAUUCCCUCUUUUAGCUCUAGCUAAAACCAGACUCAAGACCCCGUUUGGGGAAAAAAGGAUUUUUUUAUGGCUUCUGUGUUUCUGUACCAUGUCGUUGGCGAUCUGACGAUUGGGAAACCAGAUCUUAUUGAGUUCCAGGAAGCCGAAACCAUUGAAUCGGCGGUUCGGGCUAUUGGGGAAUGCACUGAAGGUGGGAUACCAGUGUGGAGGAAGAGGUCACAGAAGAGUGUGGUCGAGAAUGCAGAGAUGAGGCAACAGAGGUUUGUGGGUAUCAUCAAUUCGCUCGAUAUUGUUGCUUUUCUUGCCAGAGAAGAUUGUUUGGAUGAUCAGGAGAAGGCCUUGAAGACCCCAGUUGCUGAGGUGGUCGUGCCCAAUAAUUCUUUGCUGAAGGAGGUUGAUCCUGCCACUAGACUCAUAGAUGCGCUGGACCUGAUGAAACAAGGUGUGAUGCGCCUCCUUGUGCCAAAGAGUGUGGUGUGGAAAGGCAUGAGCAAGCGUUUCUCAUUUCUGUAUAGUGGCAAGGGGAUCAAGAACCUCGAAGCCUCUGGAAGCAGCGGCUCUCUCCCAAGCAACUCUCCCUCCACUUCCUCUUACCAUGAGAACAGGUUCUGCUGCCUAUCAAGAGAAGACGUGCUCCGUUUCAUAAUUGGACGUCUUGGCACUCUGGCACCUCUACCUCUCUCCUCAAUCUCCGCUCUUGGGGCCAUCAACCCAAACUAUUACCACAUUGAUACCUCCUCCCCAGCCCUCGAGGCUGCCCAAAAGCACCCCCAGGAUCCCAGUGUUGUGGCUGUUGUGGAGUGUACAUCUGAAGGUCAACACAAGAUUGUUGGGGAGAUCUCAGCCUCCAGAUUAUGGAAAUGCGAUUAUGUUGCUGCUGCCUGGUCCCUGGCUAACCUAACAGCUGGACAGUUCGUGAUGGGGGUGGAGGAUAAUGGGUCUCCAAGAGCUCUUCCCGAUUUCUUGUUCAAUUCUCAAAAUGGUGACAAUGAAGGAGGAGGUGUAGUUGGGAAUUCACCAGUAAGGCUAAGGAAGUUCUCCAGUAGGAGUAUUGGUUUCUUCAGCAAUCCAACAAGCCCAGCUGUUGGUGCUGCUACAGGGAGAAAUAUGUAUAGGGGAAGAAGUACACCAUUAAUGUGCAAGGUCACGAGUUCAUUGGCUGCAGUCCUGGCACAGAUGCUGUCUCACAGGGUAACCCAUGUAUGGGUUACUGAGGCUGGGAGUGAGGAUCUCUUGGUUGGUGCGGUGGGUUACAUUGACAUCCUGGAUGCUGUGACAAAGCACCCCACUACUGUUGUAUCUGUGGCAGAAGCCCCUUGAUUUGGACUUGUUUGGUUAGGCAACUUAGGCUCUCUUCUUUAUUGUUUUUAUUUCUAUCUAUCUGUCACAUUUCUCUUUUUGCAGGUGUUGGUAUGAUUUCUGAUCCUUAUUUUUUUUUAUUUAAUAUAGAUCAAG